AUGUGUAAGUGGCCCAGCGCCAACGGGGCGGGCGUCUUAACGGGUGCGGGCGCCGGCCGGACUGGGCGCUGGCCCUGGCCAGCCGUGGCUACACGCGCGCGCAGAGGCGCCGGGGGCAUGCCCAGUGUGGCCGGCGAGAGAGCUGGGGCAGGCGGAGGCUGGCACCGGCGCGCGGGCCUGCAGGCGUCAACGGAGGCGAGCCCGGCGGCGGGGAAGCAGGCCACGGGCGAGCGGGCAACGAGCGACUAUGGCGCGAGGCAAGGCAGGGCGAUGGCGCGGGCGGCAGAGGAGCAGAGCAGCGGAGCAGGGCCGCGCAGUGUGGGGCGCCGUCGAGCGCGGCGGCCAGCCGCAGCAGCGGCGACGGGGAUAGCCGCAGCGGGGACAGAGGCGGGGCGAGGGGCGUGGCCCCGAGCGGCGUGCGCGGGUGCGGGACGGCAAGCAGCGGGCGCGCGGGACCUGGCGGUGAGCGCGGCGGUGCAGUGCGGCAGGGGAGACAGGAGGAGGAGAGGGGCGCGUGCUCACAGCGGGGAGUAG